ACAUGUUGCUCCCCAGGGCUGUCUUGAUCGUCACAGCUGCUCUCCAGUUCCCGCGCUGCCGGGCCUCCUGCCCAUCCCGCCCCGCUGCGGACAACGCUUGCACCCUGGGCGGAUCUCUGGCAGUCACCAGCGUCCCCGGGAAACUUCUUGUCAAUAGUGGCAGAUGCAAUCCUGUCUACGAUAAGGAGGAAUUCCAGCAACAGCCCCGGGUCAGAUACCCGGAGGCAAAGGCGGGAGAGUUGUACACUCUGGUGAUGCUGGAUCCCGAUGCCCCAGGAAGACGAAGAGGACAGUACUAUCUGCAUUGGAUUGUGGCUAAUAUCAAUGGAGGAGAUUUCAAAUCAGGAUUAUUGAAUGGAUCUACUGUAAUUACGAGUUACUUGGGACCGGCACCACCAGAGGGAACUGGUCUCCACCGCUACAUGUUUUAUGUGUACCGACACGAGAAGUCCACCCAGCGACUGUCUGCCACCAUAGAGGACCCGGAGCGUCAGUUCUUCACGCUGAGGGACUGGCUGAGGGAGAACGUCCGGAAUGGUGUCCGGUUGUGCGGCAUACUGUCCGGAGUCCAGUUCCGGUCCGGCUUCUAGCAGUCCGGCUUGCAGACCCGUAUUUACCACGGAUGUAUUGUGCAGUGCUUAAAAUAAACUACUUAAAAAAGGAUAAUGGCAAAUUUAUAAUUUUUCAAGGAACUCCCAAUAAUUGAUAAGGUUCUAUAUAUUUUAAAACUCCAUUGUGAAUUAGAUUGAU